AUGAGAAACAACACCUUUGUUGAGAUAAAAAAUGGUGAUGCAAAUUUUUGGAAGGAUGACUGGCUUGGCACAGGUUGCCUUUCUGUUAAAUAUGAUGAAGAACUUGGGAAUAAUUCUAAAGUGCUGGUUAGAGACUUGAUUGAUAAUGAAGCUUGGAAUCUGGACUCACUACAAGGAAUUCUACUCCAGGAUGACAUCAAUGAAAUAGAGAGUAAAGAUGUUACACUAUCAAAUGAAGCUGAUGACUGGAUUUGGCAGAAUGAUACUCUUGGAAAAUUCUCUCUCAAAUCAGCAUUCAAUCACUUGCGGAAAAGACAAGAAUCAUCCCAACAAUGCACUUAUAUAUGGGACAAAAGGCUUCAGCUAAAGAUAUCGAUCUUCAUGUGGCGAUUGCACAACAGUGUGUACAGUGAGGAGACUCUUCACAGACAUUCCCUGGAAACUUUGUUUCUUUGUCUCACGUUCAAGGAGAAAUUGCUGAGGGUUGAUGAUUCUGAUGAGAGAUGGGAUGAUGAUUCGGAGGGAUGGGAUGUUGUGCUUAAAGAUUUUCUUCGGACAAUUGUUGUAUCGGUGUAUCCAGGAAUUGAGGAAUUGGGCCGAAUGUUGGGGUCAGAUCUCACAUUGCAAACAAGAUCCUCUUCUCGAACAGAUGGGAAGCAACUGCUGGACAGCGUCGACUUCAUUCUUCACAGUUUGCAGAGUCUUGAAUCUCGCAGUCCCGGCGCAAAUGAAACCGUAACGUUCAUGAAGAACUUCAUUCGCUUUGCUACGCUUCAUGGACUUGAGGAUAGGCAGAUCAUCGGAGAUCUCUUGACUCACUUUGAACGUGUAUUUAUUCAAUCUGCAGUCCUACUUUUUGAUGUUUGCAUUGAACGUUAUCUUUCAUCAAAUUCUCAUCGUGAACUUAUGAGAAAAAUUGAGCCAGUUGAGUCGCGUGUUUUUGAGAUUUAUGUUGGUGUCUUGCAAGAUGUUUCAAAGUUUUCAGGGUCCUCCUUCCAUCCCACUAAAGAAACUCAUGCAUUGGUGUUUAGAGACUUUGUGGAUUCUCUCAUUUUUCUGAUUUUGAACCUUUUCUUCCGUGAUUGCAUUUUUGUGGACAUGUUUCACCACGAAAUGCAUAAAGUGCAUGAGGGACUCUCAUUCUUGAGAACCACUCUAUCAGAGCAGCAUGACAAGCUUGAUGACCUCAUUAGACCUUUGAUUUGUGAGGCAGGCAUCCUAAUUUUUCAUCUCUAUCAAGUUUCUUCAGAAAAGGAUAAGUUCCAAGCCCUCCACGAUGAUCUUACAGUUUUAAGAUCUUUUGUAGUCCUUGAUAAUGGGAUGACGAUCCAAGAUCUCUCUGAGUUGCGUGGCAGCGAGAUUGAGCUUAUUAAGACUCGGGUCUCGGAGAUUCCUUGGAGUAUGGAGCCAACCAUUGCAGUUCAAAAGAUUAGUCAAGCUAACCUUAAGAUGGCACCAGCAGUUGGUAAGAUCCCAGAUUCCCAUGAGAGAGUGGUGGGCUUGGAUGACGAGGCAAAAAUCAUCAUCGAUAGACUCGCUAGAGGGACAAAACAGUUAGAUGUGGUUUCGAUUGUGGGCAUGGCCGGAUUAGGUAAAACUAGUUUGGCCAAGAAAGUUUAUCAUCAUCCCCACAUCUCUCGUCACUUCCAGGUUCGCUCUUGGCUCACCGUGUCUCAAGAAUACAACACAAAAAGUUUGUUGAUUGGGAUUUUAAGCGGUCUGGACCAGAAUUCAACUGGAGCGUAUAUAAAUAUGAGGGAAGAUGAUUUGGCUGAAAGACUCCGUAAACGGUUGAAGGGAAUCAGGUAUCUUAUCAUCUUGGAUGAUAUUUGGGAUACUCAAGUAUGGAAUAGUUUGACAAUGUCAUUCCCAGACGAUGAUAAGGGUAGCAGAAUUCUCCUAACCAGUCGACAGGUGACUAAAAUCAAUCCACACUCUGAACCUCACCGUCUUCGUGCACUAAAUUAUUUUGGAAGAAGAUGUGCUUUGACCAAAGUUGUCCAUCGGAAGAAGUAA